GCCGGGACUAACCGGCGAGCGUGUGCCCGACCCCCACUCACUGUCGCGCGCGUGCCCGUCCGCCCCCUCAGGGGCUGCGGGACAAGUUUGACUCCUGGCCUGGCGUCGCCUGACGGAGAGGAGUGGCUCGGCCCGGGAGAGCCGCUGCGCGAGGCGACGCUGUGGGGAAGGGGCUGGGGGCGCGCGCGGGGCCGAGCAUCCCUCCGCUGAGCGCGCCCGCCCGCGCCCCGCGCAGCCUCCCCGCCCGCCGCCCCGCGCCGCGGUGACCCCGGGCCUCCCUCCUGACCCCCCGCGGACUUCCAAUAGUAGUCAGACAUUGUCAACCUGCCAGACUAUGGAGCCAUGUUCAUCCGAUGAAUUCUUUCAAGCCCUUAACCAUGCGGAGCAAACAUUUAAAAAAAUGGAAAACUACUUAAGGCACAAGCAACUGUGUGACGUCAUUUUAGUCGCUGGUGAUCGCAGGAUUCCAGCUCACAGACUGGUGCUGUCUUCCGUCUCAGAUUAUUUCGCUGCUAUGUUUACUAAUGAUGUCAGGGAGGCGAGGCAAGAAGAAAUAAAAAUGGAAGGUGUGGAGCCGAAUUCCCUGUGGUCCUUAAUUCAGUACGCAUACACAGGCCGACUUGAACUGAAGGAGGAUAACAUCGAGUGCCUGCUGUCCACGGCAUGCCUGCUUCAGCUCUCCCAGGUGGUGGAAGCCUGCUGCAAGUUCCUGAUGAAGCAGCUCCACCCGUCCAAUUGCCUUGGGAUUCGGUCUUUUGCUGAUGCCCAAGGCUGCACAGAUUUACAUAAAGUGGCUCACAAUUACACUAUGGAACAUUUCAUGGAGGUAAUCAGGAACCAGGAGUUUGUGUUACUCCCAGCCAAUGAGAUUGCCAAGCUCUUGGCCAGUGAUGACAUGAACAUUCCUAAUGAGGAGACCAUCCUGAAUGCACUUCUCACCUGGGUCCGGCACGAUCUGGAACAGAGGCGGAAAGAUCUCAGUAAACUUUUGGCUUACAUUAGGCUACCUCUCCUUGCGCCUCAGUUCCUGGCAGACAUGGAAAAUAAUGCACUUUUCCGGGAUGACAUAGAAUGCCAGAAACUCAUUAUGGAAGCAAUGAAGUACCACUUACUACCUGAGAGACGACCCAUGUUGCAGAGUCCUCGGACAAAACCGAGGAAGUCAACUGUCGGAACGUUGUUUGCAGUUGGAGGAAUGGAUUCAACUAAGGGAGCAACAAGCAUUGAGAAGUACGACCUCCGUACAAAUAUGUGGACCCCUGUGGCAAACAUGAACGGGAGGAGGCUACAGUUCGGGGUCGCAGUGUUAGAUGACAAGCUGUACGUGGUCGGAGGUCGAGAUGGACUGAAGACUUUGAACACCGUGGAGUGCUACAACCCCAAAACAAAAACCUGGAGCGUGAUGCCACCUAUGUCCACACACCGGCAUGGGCUUGGUGUGGCUGUAUUGGAAGGCCCCAUGUACGCAGUUGGAGGGCACGAUGGCUGGAGUUAUCUGAAUACGGUGGAGCGAUGGGACCCUCAGGCCCGCCAGUGGAAUUUUGUUGCCACUAUGUCCACCCCCAGGAGCACAGUAGGCGUGGCAGUACUCAGUGGAAAACUUUAUGCCGUUGGUGGCCGCGACGGGAGCUCCUGCCUCAAGUCAGUAGAAUGCUUUGACCCUCAUACCAAUAAAUGGACACUGUGUGCCCAGAUGUCAAAGAGGAGAGGCGGCGUGGGAGUCACCACCUGGAACGGGCUGCUGUAUGCCAUCGGGGGACACGAUGCUCCCACAUCCAACUUGACUUCCAGGCUCUCGGACUGUGUGGAGAGAUAUGAUCCCAAAACAGACAUGUGGACUGCAGUGGCAUCCAUGAGCAUCGGCAGAGAUGCGGUGGGCGUGUGUUUACUUGGUGACAAGCUGUAUGCUGUCGGGGGUUAUGAUGGACAGACGUACCUGAACAUAGUGGAGGCUUACGACCCCCAGACCAACGAAUGGACCCAGGUCGCUCCACUGUGCCUAGGAAGAGCUGGAGCAUGUGUUGUGACUGUGAAGAUAUGACAUCACUGUUUGUCCUCUACAGAGAGGUGCUCUCUCCCUCUGUAACACACGGACAGGCCUCCCAUGGAUUCUUUCUUAGUGCCUGCGCAGUGCCACAUUCCUAGGCACAAAGUGCUUCAUCUUCACCUUCAAAGUGAAGCUGUUGAAACGACGGGGAAGGAGUGGGUACACUGGGACGGGAUACUUCAUUUCUCAGUACAUUAAAGCCACAGCUGGAGGACGGGGAACACCUUCUUGGUAUACAAUAUGAAGACAAAUGCACUGCCCCCAGAACAAUCCAGCACUGACUGAAUUCACAUUGUCCAGAGUUAUUACAGUGCAAGCAUACAAACUUCUAAAAUGUUAUUUUAGAAAUUUGCCAUACAUGAGCUUCCAUAAUUUUUAUCAUUUAAUCAAACCACUAUUUUAAUGACAUACUAAAGAUGAUACUAGCUAGCUUUUUCAGGUACAAUGAUAUUAUGUAUACUAUAGUUGUGAAUUUUAUUACUAAAAUUUGUUUAACCCAAGAAUAAAGAAAAACCACAUUAUGCAUUAAAAAUAAGACUGACCAAAUAAAAACUUGACUGGACCUCUGGGUCCUACUUAAAUAGCCAUUCCAUCCCAUCUAGAUCCGUCAACUGUGACAGGUGUCACUGAGAUUAAAGCAGGAUGCUUACGUUAAGAUAUGCAAGCUUGUGUAGAGAAAAUACAUGCUGUAUGCUAGCUAACGUUCUCCCACCUAACUAGUAUUUAAUUAUGUGGAUUUAUUUUCUUUUAUAUUACAAAAGUUUAUUUGACGUUGUCCUUUUGAUACUGACACAAUUGUCUAGCUGUCCUGUGUUCUGUCUGCUGCCUCGUUGCAGACAUGUGGACACAGCUAGGGUCCCCUUGUACUUCUUUGUAAUCAAGUAACUAACAGGGCGGGGGGACAUGUUAACCGAAUAUUUGAAAAGUAAGUUUAAAGCAUUUGUUACUCGAAAUUUUGUACAUUUGUAAACUCUAAUUACAUACAUGAAUGUUAAUAAUGUCUGAAUUGUUUAUUGUUUGUAAAAUGCCCUGGGCAGCAAUAUUGUAUGAAAUUCCCUUUAAGAGACAAGUCAUUACCUUAAUAUAAAAAUGAACAUAAACUAAAGUUGCAUCUUUCAAAGUAUAAUGUUAUGAUUAAUAUAUUCUUAUUUUAUAUUAA